AUGGCUUCCAAUGGUGUCUUCGCUGAAUUACUCCGUGCCUACAAACUUGAUGGAACAAACUACACGGUUUGGAAAAGGAAGAUUAUGUUCUUGCUUACGGCUGAGAAUAUAGAUUAUGUUUCUGAGACCGGGGCGCCUAAUGAGCCAGCAGAGGAUGCUACAGAUGAAGACAAACAGGAAUACAAUGAUGAACUGAAGCAAUGGACCAAGGACAACAAGACUGCCAGAGUUUAUAUUCUUGGCUCGAUGACUGAUUCGUUGGCUGCGGAAUAUGAGUCGGAUAAAACGGCCUGCGGAAUAAUGCUCAGGCUGGAACAAGAUUUUGGAGAAGUUUCCCUUGUGAAGGUGCUUAGCCUUGUGAAUAAAUUUCUGACAUCAAAGAUGGGUGAUAAAACAGUCAAUGAACACUUCAACAAGCUCUGUGUCUUGGCGGAAGAGUUAAAAACUGCUGGCUAUCCGUUCCAGGAGGAAGUCCAAGUCAUGGUUGUCCUGAACUCUUUACCACCAUCAUGGGAACAAUUCAAGAUUUCUUUUUGUCAUUCAGAGCGCACACUCAAUAUGAGGAACCUGAGGCAACACUUGCUGAUGGAGGAGGACCGCAGGCUCAACUCAGGAAAAGAUAAAGCUUUUUAUCAGCCAGAACUUCACCUUGGUGAGUACAAGAAUAGUGGGAAUCGGAGGAACUGGAAUAAGAAAGGAGGACCAGACCUAAGGGACAAGAUCAAUUACAAACGUGAUAGGGAUCAAAGAAACUACAGAGAUGACAGGAGGGACAGGGGGCAAAGCAACAACAACAACUCUUUUCACAAGAUUGACAAGAGGAACUACAAGUGCCAUAAUUGUGGUAAUACAGGCCACUUCAGGUCAGAAUGCACCAAGAAGAGGAAGCCGAAUAGCGAAAGGAAUAAUUUUCACAAGGAUGACAGCCGCAAGGGGAAUCAAUCCCCUGAAGGUAUUACCGAUGUUUAUGUUUGCACUGAAUCCUUAUUUACUACUACUUUUCAGAAUAGUUGGGUAGUAGAUUCUGGUGCAACUUCACACAUAGCUAGAGAACUUAGCUCCUUUGCCACACUCAAAACAAUUCCAAAAGGAACAAGACAUGUCUAUUUAGGAACUCAAGCUAAAGCAGACAUACUAGGAAUUGGAAACUAUGUGCUUAAACUCCCUGAUGGAGGAAACUUAGUGUUGGAAAAUGCACUUUAUUCACCCAAUAUGAGAAGGAAUCUUGUUUCAGUGUCCAAGCUAGAGUCAAUUGGAUAUAAAAUUGUCUUUGCCGACGGGAAGGUGAAGAUUAUCUUAAAUGGAAGAUUAGUACAUUCAGGCGAUAGACAUGAUGGUCUCUAUUUUCUAAAUGACAUCAUGGAAAAUAAUUGCUUAGUAGGCGAAGAUAACUCCGUUGUGAGGACUAUAAAUGGACACAAUAAUUGUUCUGAAUCUUACUUGUGGCAUUUGCGACUUGGACAUAUAUCCAAGAACAGGAUUAAGAGACUUAUUAGUUCUGGAAUUUUGAACUUUAAGUGGGAGGAUUAUGGUAUUUGUGAAGCAUGUAUUAUGGGUAAAAUGACUAGGUCGCCUUUUCCCAAAGCAAGUAGAUCAACAGAACAGCUUGCCAUCGUUCACUCUGACAUUUGUGGGGAAUUUUCCACACCCACUUUGGGAGGGCAGAAAAUCUACUUUAUCACUUUCUUAGAUGACUAUUCAAGAUACGGUUAUGUGUAUUUGCUUAAACACAAAUCGGAAGGGUUUGAUGCUUUUAAAGUGUUCAAAGCGGAAGUGGAAAAUCAGCUAAACAAGAAAAUUAAAAUACUUAGAACUGACCGUGGUGGUGAAUACACGUCAGGAAUACUAGAUGAUUUCUGCAAAGAACAUGGCAUUAUUCAUCACUAUACCUUGCCAUAUACUCCACAACAGAAUGGAGUGGCGGAAAGAAGGAAUAGGACUUUAAUGGAUAUGGUUAGGUCUAUGAUGGCUUAUUCUGACUUGCCGUUGUCUUUUUGGGGAGAGGCACUUCACACUGCUGUAUAUUUAUUGAAUCACUCACCUUCUAAAGCUGUAACGGUAACACCCUAUGAGCUUUGGAAGGGAAGGAAGCCCUCACUUCGCCAUUUGGCGGUUUGGGGGUGUAAUGCUCAAAUAAGGAUACCUAGCCAGUUGCGCACCAAACUACAAUCUAAAAGUACCCCAGGAAUUUUUAUUGGUUAUGCAUCAGGUUCUAAUGGUUACCGUUUUUGGGAUCCUCAAAGAAAGAAAUUGAUUGAAAGUGGAGAUGCAGUUUUUCUUGAUCAGGAUACACCUCGCCGUGCUAAACGAGCUAGGGUGGAAUUAUUAGUAGAACCUGAAGAUAUCUCUUUACCUGAAACUGAACCUCUAGUUCAGGAAAAUAAUGAUGCUAGUCAGUCUACUAACUCUAUUUCGAAUAGCAUGCCUAGGAGAAGUGGGAGGAUUACACAACCACCUGCAUAUUUAGAUGAGUAUUUUGUUUUUCUGGGGGAAGUGCACUCUAAAAUUCAGAACUUAGAGGAAGAACCAAAAUCAUUCAAAGCUGCAUUGGCAAGUCCUGAAUCAAAUCUUUGGAUGGAAGCCAUGCAGGAAGAAUUAAACUCUAUGAGGAAAAAUAAUGUUUGGGAAUUAGUUGAAUUACCAAACAAUCGAAAGUCUAUUGGUUCUAAAUGGAUUUUUAAAAGGAAACUGAAUGCGACUGGUCAAGUGGAUAAAUAUAAAGCAAGGCUCGUUGCUAAAGGAUUUACACAAAUGGAAGGAGUUGAUUUUGUAGAAACCUUUUCUCCCGUUGCUAAAUUUACCUCUAUACGGAUCAUUAGUGCAUUAACCGCUUAUUAUGAUCUGGAAUUGCAUCAAAUGGAUGUUAAAACAUCAUUCUUAAAUGGAAUGUUGGAAGAAGAAAUAUACAUGAACAAACCUGAAGGUUUUGUGGAAAGGGGGAAUGAAGGGAAGGUCUGUAAAUUAAACAAGUCCAUAUAUGGUCUUAAACAAGCCUCACGCCAGUGGUAUAUUCUUUUCGAUAAUGCAAUCACGUCAUAUGGUUUUUCAAUGACGGAAGGCGACCAUUGUAUCUAUUUUAAGAUUAUGGGAAAUAAAUUUGUAUUGUUAUCUCUUUAUGUUGAUGAUAUUCUCAUUGCUUCAAAUGAUAAAUCUACACUGAUGGAAGUUAAAACCUGGUUAUCCUCUAAAUUUGACAUGAAGGAUAUGGGGGAAGCUUCCUAUGUUCUGGGAGUGGAAAUACGUAGAGAUAGAAGGAAGAGAAUGUUGGGUUUGUCUCAAAAGGCAUGUCUCAAUAAUGUACUUCAGAGAUUCUCUAUGGAAAAUUGCAAGCCUGUUAAAGUACCUAUUCUUAGGGGAACUAAACUUAGUGAGGAAAUGUGUGCUAAAACUCCUGAGGAAAGGAAACAAAUGAGCAAUAUUCCUUAUUCAUCUGCAUUGGGUUCUUUAAUGUAUGCUAUGCUAUUUACAAGACCUGAUAUUUGCCAUGUCGUGGGUUUGUUGAGUAGAUAUCAAGUGAACCCUGGACCUGAGCAUUGGAAACAGAUUAGGAACACUUUGCGUUAUGUCAAAGGAACUAUGGACUAUUUUCUGUGUUUUAAUGGACACAAUCUUCAGCUGCAGGGGUUUACUGAUGCUGAUUGGCAAGGGGAUCUUGAUGACCGGAAAUCAACUUCUGGUUAUCUGUUUACACUAGCAGGAGGAGCUAUUUCUUGGAGUAGCAAGAAGCAAGAUUCUGUAGCACUUUCAUCUAUGGAGGCUGAAUAUAUUGCAGCGUCGGAAGCUGUGAAAGAAGGUGUAUGGUUAAAGGGGUUUCUUGCAUCUCUCGUGGUGGUGGAAAGCGCUUCAUAUCCUGUUACUAUUUUCUGUGAUAACCAGGUGGCAAUCAAGGUCUCAAAGGAUCCCAAAUUUCAUAGCAAAACCAAACAUAUUGAGGGAAGAUAUCACUACAUUCGUGACGUCGUUAAUAGAUUAAAGACAGUUCGUUUAGAUUAUUUACCUAGUGUGGACAUGGUUGCUGAUCCACUGACUAAACCUCUUAGUCAGGAAGUAUUUUGUAAACAUGUUUGCAACAUGGGUCUUCGUUUUUGGAAUUAG